AUGCGACACUCACAGAUGGGAGAAUGCUUUUGUCCAUCGCAGCUGAGCAUGGUUUCCGAGGAUCCGUCUAUAGGGAAUUGUCUGAGUCGCAUUGCCACACGCCAGCUACUGCGUCAGAGCGAUGCUUUGCAACAGGCGUUGCAACUCAGCGAGGGCGGCGGCUGGAAAGGUGGACAUUUUGAUCGGCACACUGCACAGAAGUGCAUGAAAAUGAUCGACCAAGAACAGGGCGAUUGCGAAGAAAGCAAACAGAUGUCACCAAAUCUUGGCACGCUAAGCUCUCCAACUGUGAUUCGGAGGCGAAGGCCCUUGUCGCCUAAAGGGAGAGUCUUCAGAGCCAGCACCAUCGAGAACUGGUCGCUGAAUUGGUUGGAGAAUCGCGAGAACCGCCAGUCCAUGUGA